ACCCAGUUAAGCUUUACGCGUCGCAGUACAAGAGGGCCGCCAGAGGACAGGAAGAGCGAGGUCGUUUUACGUCUCUACCGGCGGGUCACUUCAAGUAUCACUACCCACCUGUCUCUCCUUUCCAGAGAAAACAAGUGGACUUUUCUGAGCGUACCUAAAAGAACUUUCUAAAUCAAAAGCAGCAAGUGUACAUAUAUUUGUUACAUUCACAGUGAAGGCGUAGAAACUGGCAGGAAUCGUUUGACAGCAGUAGAAGGCAAGAAGACCGAAUCCGAAAAAGAACAAUUUUCCUGAAAUGAUGUGGCUGUGUGUAUCCUUUCUACUGGUCCUAUCUUGUACAGUUCUAGCGACGCCUGUUGAGGACCCGGAGGCAGACAACCAGAAUGAGAUUCAGAGUCUUCCAGAAACAAAACCCAGUUUUGUGACAAAUUUGGGGAAACUCUUGAGUGUGCUGAGAGAGCGACAUGAAGACAACCUAAAUGAUUACAAUGGCGAAGAUGUGGAAAUCCCAAGCGAUGCUUCAAAGCGGGGAUUUGACACUCUUGGAGGCAUUGACGUCCACAGUGGUUACAAACGACAGUUCGACUCUCUAGGUGGGCACGCCAUCCACCCCGGGAAACGCCAUUUUGAUUCUCUGGGAGGAUUUGCCAUUCAUCCGGGAAAGCGGCAUUUUGAUUCGCUAGGAGGAUUUGCUAUCCAUCCAGGAAAACGACAGUUUGAUUCUUUAGGUGGGUAUGCCAUCCACCCUGGUAAGCGACAGUUCGAUUCUUUGGGUGGAUAUGCAAUUCAUCCUGGAAAGCGUCAUUUUGAUUCUCUUGGCGGGUUUGCCAUCCACCCGGGAAAGCGACACUUCGAUUCACUCGGAGGGUUUGCCAUCCAUCCAGGAAAGCGCCAUUUUGAUUCGCUAGGAGGAUUCGCAAUCCAUCCAGGAAAACGUCAUUUUGAUUCAUUGGGAGGUUUCGCAAUUCACCCUGGAAAACGACAGUUUGACUCGUUAGGUGGAUAUGCCAUCCAUCCAGGAAAGCGCCAUUUCGACUCUCUCGGAGGGUUUGCGAUUCACCCGGGAAAACGCCAGUUUGAUUCUCUUGGUGGUUAUGCUAUUCAUCCUGGAAAACGGCAUUUCGACUCUCUUGGAGGGCUAGAUGUCCCUUAUAAGAAAAGCUCUGAACCAACAGGAGAUUAUGCAGUGGACAAUAGCGAAGCGUCAGUACCUUAUGACAGUUUCCAGGGGGAUGAAUUUGAUGGCGCUAAACGCGCUUUUGACUCGCUGGGUGGUUUCGAUGUGCCGUACAAGAAAUCCUAUUUUGACUCGCUCGGCGGGUACGGAAUACACCCUGCCAAGAGGGACUCAAGUUCAUCGCAAGGCAGACUAGACGAUGAAGACAAUAGCGAUGACAUUGCCUCAAACCGCUCUUAAGUGAUACUCAAUCUUGCUUUAGAAGACCGUUUACCAUGAAGUUGAUUCCUUAAAUCCCUUUGGAACAAAUAAUUAAAAGUAUGUAAAUAUACGUACAGACACCAGUUGCUAAGUGUGGAAAUGUGUGUAAGCCCAACUGUGUUUGCUAAGGCAAAUGUUGACAGGUGUUGUGGAUAAUGCUUUGUUACUGCGGCGGCGUAGCAAUAAUGUCUCAAACAUGAAAUUGUCUCAUGAUAUACCCUGGAGGAGUAAAUUAUAUCUCAAAGUAUACGCGUGAGAAAUAACGAUGUGCAAAAUAUUACAGGACUGUAUAAUUCAUUGAAAAUAUCCGCUUGAAAAGACAGCAUAUAUGCAACAAUCUCUAAAGGAAUUUUAUUAGAAAUUCCUGACACUAAGAAAUGUAUUCUGCUUAAAAACAGCUUUUGAGUCUCUCCUGUACAAAAUGAAACAAACCUAUCAUUCUUCAAUAAAAAGACAGCAACCAAU